AUGGCGGCAAGUCGUCUGCAACGUUGGGCUGUUAUAUUGUCAGGUUAUGAUUUUAAUGUUGAGUACAUUAAAGGAAUUGAUAAUAUAAGUGCAGAUUUUCUAUCUCGAAUGAAUUCGCAAAUUAAAGAGGAAGGGAAUGAAGAUAGUGAAGAGUUUACAUAUCUUAAUUAUAUUUUAGAUGAUAUACCAACAAUUAAUGACCAAAUCGUGAGUGAAGAAAGUGAAAGAGAUGCAGUUUUGAGUAAAGUUAUUAGUUUCGUUAAGUUUGGUUGGCCAAAAGAAACUAGUAGUGAAUUUAAAUCUUUUGAGAAUCGUAGCAGGGAAUUGACGAUUGAGAAUAAGUGUUUAAUGUCGUAUAUUUGGUGGCCUGGCAUCGAUAGAGAUAUUGAAGAGAUUUCCAAGUCGUGUGUUCUGUGUUUGGAGAAUGCCGAUUAUCCUCCUAGAGCUAGAUUACAUCCGUGGAGUUGGCCAGACGCUCCAAACCAACGACUUCACGCGGACUUCCUUGGUCCAAUAGAUUCUCAAAUGUAUAUAGUAAUUUUAGACGCUUUCUCAAAAUGGUUAGAUGUUAGACCCAUGAGUGAUAUUACUUCUAAGCAAACAAUAUUGGUGUUAAAAGAUUAUUUUACGACGUGGGGUUUACCUGUUAAAUUAGUUACAGAUAAUGGUCCUGCUUUUACUUCAAAAGAAUUUAUGGAAUUUCUUGUGAAAUAUGGAGUUAUGCAUAUACGCACAGCACCAUAUCAUCCAGCAUCCAAUGGUGCAGCAGAAAAUUCUGUCAAAACCUUCAAAAAGAAAUUUAAGAUAUUAGUUAAAUCAGGGCUAGAUAAACAAGAAGCCUUGUUUAAGUUUUUGUUCUAUUAUCGUGCUACUCAACAUUCAACGACGGGUUAUAGUCCUGCGGAAUUACAAACAGGUCGAGCUUUUCGUACGCGUCUAGAUUUACUUAGACCAACACUUCGGAAUAAAGUCCAAGUAAGUCAAGAAGCUCAACAGCGUAAUUUUUGCGGAAUUCGCUGUGUGCAAUUUGAAGUUAAUGAGAAGGUUAUGGUGAAGGACUAUAGUUCUAGUUCAUGGAUACUAGCUACUGUAACUAGUAAACUUUCUCCGGUCACAUACCAAGUCAUAACUUCAAAUGGUAUAGUUUGGAAACGUCAUGUAGACCAAAUAAAAAAUUGUACUCAAGAAAUUAGACCAGUUGUACAAAACGUUGAGAUUAAAGAACAUCAACCUGGUAGGCUAGGCAAUGAUAACACGGUAAUGCCAUCUGUAACUAGAGAUAAGAAUGUAAUAGUAGAUAAGGUAAUUCAAGAAGUAGAGAUAGAGACUGAAAAUCACCCAAAACUUGUAGAUAAUUCUAAUGAAAGCUGUGUUAUUAAUGAUAAAUUUAGUUGUAAGGAAAUACCAAAUGUAUUAGAGAAUAAGUUGAUAAAUGCGACAAAAUGUGAGAGAGCAAUUAUGUCUAAAAAAAGAAAUCCAAUUAUGCAUAAAAAUGUAAUGACGAUACCGACGUUACGACGCUCAAGUCGUACUACGAAACCACCUCAACGCGUAGACUUAUAA